AGAUAGCUGCCUGUUAUAUCAACCGCGACUAUCUGUUGACAGUCAGAGUCUUUAUAAAGACGUGACGAAAACUAGUUACGGCUCAUCGUCGGUUUUGAGGAAAUAUUUUAGAUUGAAUUUGUUUGCACAUUUGUCUAAAUGAAAUACUGUAAAAUGUGCACUGGUCUACUAAUUUGCGUGAUUAUGGUAGCGUUCGUCGCAGUAAAUCAGGCAGAUGCUGCGAUGACGAUGGAGCAAAUUCAGAAGACUGCGAUGACAAUGCGGAACACAUGCACGACAAAAUCUCAUGCGGACGCUGGAGCUGUCGCAGCAAUACAGAAUGGUGAAUUCCCCGAUGAUAAUCAAUUAUUAAAAUGCUACACGCUUUGCGUAAUGAAAACUAUGCGAACUUUCAAGAAUGGACGCGUAGAUGAUGGCAUGCUGACUAAACAAGUGGAUCUAAUGCUGCCUCCCGAUUUGUCGGUACCUAUGAAAGCAACUGCGAUUAAAUGUGCGGCCGAGCCUCCCGCUGGCGAUGAUUGUGCAACAGCUUAUCAAUUUGUGAAAUGCAGCUAUCAGACAGAUCCAAAUCACUUCUUUUUCCCUUAAUCGAAAUUAAAUAAGGAUAAAAGCUUUUUGACAAAAAUAUGAUUAUAUCAAAUAAAAAAUUGUAAAUAUUUUUAGCAAUACAUAAAUAUAUAAAAGUAUACAUUUGUAUUGACUUCGACUCGGAAUUGUAUCACAAGAAUUAUGUAAUCAUAAAUUUAUGAUCAAAUAGAUUGCAAUGAAAUGUGCAGUUAUAUUAAUAGUACAAUACUAUGCAAUUUAUGGCAAUUUAUGGCAAUUGCAAUAAUAUAUGCAAUAAUUAGUUAUUAUAAUUAAUAAAUAGUUGACUUUAAGCAAUGCA